CUCAAGUGAUCUUCCUGCCUCCCAAAGUGCUGGGAUUACAGGCAGGAGCCACCGUGUGCCACAUUCUGAAUCUGACCUUGGACCACCUCUCUUACCUCCUCUUCCUCUGCUUCCCAGUAAUGAACCCUCAGCCCCAGGCAGGCCCGCCUGCCUUAUGAACCCCACCUCCCCUGCAUCCACACCUCCACAUCUUGUCCAUGCUUCCUGUCUGCAGGUCAGUCCUCUCCUUCCUUCAGCAUAGAUUUAGGGUCUGCUGUUGGCUAAGCACUUUCAGGGAUAUAUCUGCAAACGCAAAACAUGCAAAAAACAUCCCUGCUCACGGAGCUUAUGUUAUGACAUAUGGGCUGCGCUUUCUCUUUGCUUUCACCUGUCCAGAUUCUAGAACAAGUUUGCCUUUCUCUGGAAGCCAUUGCUGACUGUUUUGACCCCGGUUCUUUUCUUCAGAAUUCUUGGGGGCACUGGUUACUUGUUCCUCCCCUUUGAAAUACACUGCCUUGUAUUUUUGCAGUUUUUAUAUGUGAGUAUCUUACCUCCUCAAGUAUAUCUUAAGCUUCUUGAGGGCAGACACCAUGUCAUUUGUCCAUGAGAGAGUGUGCACCAAGGUUCCUAUACUGCAUAUGUACAAGACCUUAAAGAUUUAAAUUCCCAAACUGACCGUAGGACUUCGCAAUUAGUCACCUGAUAAAUAUUUUUAAUUGAUUUAAUGAUAUUUAUUGCUCUCUGCUUUUUCAAGUGGAGCAGCUCUAAGAGCAUGUGAGACCAUUAGUCAUCAAGCAUUUAUUAAGAUCCUCCGUGUGUCACUAUGUGGCGCUACUAUUUAAUCUACUGCCAAGGAUGCAGGCAAGUGCCAAGCACAACCUCUGCCCACACCUCAUCAACUGAGCAAAUCACCUCUGCGGUCCUCUGUGUGAUGUUUGUAAAUCUUUACUGUAACACCGAAGCUGUUACUCAAAGAUGCAAGAGGCACGGGGCAAGGAGGAGGACUGCUAAUGAUGGCUGCGUGUGAUUCUUGAGCUCAUCUUGCCAUCAGACACCAAGAUCUAAAGCAUCAGCAGACCUUUCUUGUCUUUCUUUCUUGGUGGAGGCCAAUGGUGCCCAUUAUGAAACCCAUCGUACUCUCCGUAGGGCAGCAAGAUGAGCUUGUGGUGGUUUUGCCUGACCAUGUAUACUUUUUCCCAUGGUCCUUCAAUAAAAGUCUGCUGGGGGGCAGUCGUCAGGGGUCAUAGAUCCCAGCAGAGGCAAUUCCUACGGGAGACCCCACCUGUGAACUUACCUCAUUGGUCCAUGUGCCAAGUAAGCAGAUUGGCUUCAGUUUAAAUUUAAAAAUUGCGAUAUAGGUUUUAACAUUUUUUGUUUACAGUGGCUUUUUUAUUCUAAUAAUCAAGAGGUAGCAUGUGUUGUUGAAAGAACAGACUUUCAACAGCAAUGGUUGUUGAAGAUGAUGUAGAAAGUCUGUAGAACAGCAUACAUAAAAGGGUAGAAGGUAAAGUUGACUUUCAGUGGCUGAAAGAACAGACUCGAGAGCCAGCUGCCUUGGGUUCAAAUCCUGUCUCUGCCGUUUACCAGCUCUACGAGCUUCAGGAAGACAGUGCCCCUCUUUAGGUGGGGAUCACCCCAGUACUUAACUUCCAGAGUCCUUCUGAAGAUUAUGUGAGUUUCUAAAUACAGACAUACUAGGCCCAUAUAUAGAUGAAAACAUGCAUGCUUGGAUAUUAGAAAUUAUGACUACAUUUUUAUUUGUACAUUCUCAUCCCUUUUCUUCGAGUAUUUGGAUUUUUUUUCUUUCUCCACAUAUUUAACCUUUCGUAGAUUAUAGAAGAAACUUGUGUCUUUAACUGUCAGGAAGUGGUGCAGUGACCCAGGGCUUCCCAGGAGGCUCUUACAUUGCUAGGACUACAGAUAUGUCUAUUUAGAUCUGAAUUUUGUAAUACAUUUGUUCUGUGCGUCCAUCAUCGCAUUCUUAAAGUGUGUGUGUGCUUAUUAGGCACGCUGUCUGACCUCACAGUGAUCAGACCAAGCCCCACAGGAGUAGGCUGGAUUGCGUGACUUUGGGUGGAUUUAUAAACAACAACACAGCCACACUUAAAGAAGUUUGACAAAAGGUGAGUGACUUUGGUUGGAGGCCCUGGUGCUGGGCCCUAGGCUCCGUCUGUGGCAUGGAUGAGAAGCUCCUGGCUUAUCAAAGAGGAGAGAAAAUCAUACACUAGAAAGGAAAAUCAAGACCGUAUUUGGUUAAAUAAGUGGAGAAAGAAAAAAAAAAACAAAGACUUGAAGAAAAGGGAUGAGAAUAUGUAAUAAAAAUGUAGUCAUAAUUUCUAAUAUCUAAACAUGUAUGUUUUCAUCUAUAUAUGGCCUAUUAUGUCCUUAUAUGCUUCUGAUCAAGCAUACAAGGUAAAAUUGAUGAGGCUGUUAAAGAGUGCAGCAGUAGCAGUUGGUGUGGAACACGUUCUCAAGGGGGUCACAGGGUGACAGAUAGUCCAGGACAGGGAGGACAUAGUGCCACAGGGAGAACUCAGCAGGAGGAUGCCACAUCAUCGGAGGGAAAUGGAUACGCCAGACCAGAGCAAAGGGGGGACCCCAGGAGGGCAGAGGAUGUGAAAAGCGUCAGGCGGUUGAGGGCAUGGAAGACGUUUUAUUUAGUAACAUUCAAAGCAAGCAUCUCAGUGGAUCAGUAGAUGAAUAUGUAGUCUGCGUGCCUGCCAAGUGUCCCAGACUCUAGGAAACUAGAGAAGAGCUGAUCUGGGCACGGGGACCCGGUUAGUGUUUGUAGCUGUCAGAUGGGUGAUGGCGCACAAGAGGGUUACACAUUUUGUAGCCUCCCAAGGACAGAAUGGGUGUCACUGUGCAGGGGUGAGAAGAGACGCUGAUUUGGACUCAACUCGCAGCGGGGCCUUUGCCAGAGCCUGAGCUCUGUGGGUGUAGGUUUUGGAGGACAGGCUGAAUCACCGGAGUCAGGAGAGAAUAGGAUGCUUCCAGGAUUUUAGCCUGGAGACCCACAUGGGGACCCCUGUAACUCUGAGUUUCAGGGUGCCUCACCAAGAGCUUCAGUGCAUUUCCCAUCUUUGCUGGCACCCUACAUUUUGUGCCCCUGGUAGCUGACCUGCUGGAUUCAUGAGGAUGUGGGAGAAUUUGCUGCACAGUCAUCUGCCACGCACCUCUAUGGGCUUCUGAGAAUGGGAUAAUUUUUUGGUUACCUGGAUCCUGAGUGGAGGCAGCAAGAUGUGCCUGUUUUGAUGUUACUGCGAUUGGGAGAGUUUGGCAGUAGCACUUCCACUGCCGUGGGAUUCGUUUCCUUAGCCUCUCUGACUCCAUUUUUCUCUGGCUUUUAUGUGGCUGCUCUACUCCUUCCAUUCUGUCCUCUCUCUCAAGUGCCGCCCCCGUUUUCCUCCUGAGAUGUUUACGUGUUGCUUCUUGCACUCUAAAUAAAGACUAAAUGUUUUCUCUGCUGGCAUAAGUUCCCCUGUGUGUGUGUGUCGGUGUGUAAAUGCAUGUCCACAGGUGAGCGUGGCACCCAUAGUGCAAUGAAAACGACAUUUUUAUGCAGAUACAUGGUUCAUUUUCACCUUGCUGAUCUUAGCGGUAGGCAUUUUUAAGAAAAGACGGAGGACACAGCCACCCCCCAAAUCCCAUGAAUCCUACUUCUCGGUGCGAUUGGAGUUGUGUUGUAAGCGCAGGAGAGGCUCCUGCUGAGAGCGAGUUCCUGACAUAGUGACCUCAUUCCCAACGCCGCCCUCCUCGCAGCGGCAGAAGCCGCGCUGGCUGGUGCUGGGCGAGCUCCGCCGCUGCCCGGACCGCGAGCCUGACGGCUGUGUGUCGAGAAUAAAGAGACCCAGGCUUGCAAAGACUUGCACGGCAACUGGAAUUUAUGACAAAUAGCUCACUGCAGCUAAACUUUGAUACAGUGUGCAGUAGAACCGCCUGUUACACACAGAAGGGAGAUGCGUCCUUCGUCACAAUGCAAAGCCAGCCUUAACACAAAAAUAGGAAAAUGUGGCAGGUCUCUGAUUACGGACUGAGAACAAGCGGAAGAGGAGUGACACUGCAGAUUCCGAGGCAUUGCAGUGGGAUGUUGGCUCAGCAAGUGGCUGUGAUGUAUGGGAUAGGCAUGGAACAGGAUUCCAGCUGUUCCGUGCAAAUAAGAUAAAAGAAUGGUAAAGAGGAUUCCUUUUUUUUUCCCCUCCUCAAAACGUUACCAGCAAAGUACAUUCACAAAGCCUUUUUAAGGUGCCUUUUGCCAGCUUUUGAACUGAACUUGUACCAGUACCUCAAGCCCUGAAUUGUAAGAAGAGCUGAGAGUUCUGGAACUCGUUUUCAAAAAGUAGAUCUACGAAGGUAAAGUACCAGAUUCCUGUCGUGUUCCACAGGCCCUCAGUAGCCAAUCUGAAAUGCUCAUUUAGGAUACUAUGACUUGAAAGUUUACUCUUUCUUCUUAUUCCAGAUUCUAGGACGUCCAUUUCUGUUACUGGCUCCUUCUUGUGCUUGGAUGCAACCCCCUAGCAUGCACCAGGCUUUAGCGUCAACGCUACCUGGGGGAUGGAGCCAGUCCAGAAAGGGUCAGGUGAUGUAUCACCAAUCAGUAUGUCUCCCAUCAGUCAGUCUCAGUUUAUUCCACUCGGGGAAAUCCUCUGCUUGGCCAUCUCAGCAAUGAACUCGGCAAGAAAACCUGUCACCCAAGAAGCACUGAUGGAACACCUGACCACGUGUUUCCCAGGUGUUCCAACCCCAAGCCAAGAAAUUCUGCGGCACACGCUGAACACGCUGGUACGGGAGAGGAAAAUCUACCCAACUCCAGAUGGCUACUUCAUCGUGACCCCGCAGACCUAUUUCAUAACGCCUUCCCUCAUAAGAACUAACAGUAAAUGGUACCAUUUGGACGAGAGGAUACCUGACCGGUCUCAGUGCACCUCUCCGCAACCCGGGACCAUCACGCCCUCUGCCUCAGGCUGUGUCAGGGAAAGGACAUUGCCCCGAAACCACUGCGACUCUUGCCACUGCUGCAGAGAAGACGUGCACAGCACGCAUGCACCCACCCUGCAGAGGAAGUCUGCCAAGGACUGCAAAGACCCUUACUGCCCCCCUUCUCUGUGCCAGGUGCCACCCACUGAAAAGAGCAAAAGUACUGUAAAUUUUUCCUACAAGACAGAAACCCUCUCAAAACCUAAAGACAGUGAAAAGCAGUCAAAAAAAUUCGGGCUAAAGUUAUUCCGGCUAAGUUUUAAAAAAGACAAGACCAAACAGCUGGCCAAUUUUUCUGCCCAGUUUCCUCCUGAAGAGUGGCCCCUGCGAGACGAGGACACGCCCGCUACGAUCCCCCGGGAAGUGGAGAUGGAAAUCAUUAGGCGCAUUAACCCAGACUUGACCGUGGAAAAUGUCAUGCGGCACACCGCCCUCAUGAAGAAACUGGAAGAAGAAAAGGCCCAGAGGAGUAAAGCCGGGUCCUCUGCCCAUCACAGCGGACGGAGUAAAAAGAGUAGGACUCAUCGGAAGUCCCAUGGAAAGUCUCGGUCUCACAGCAAGACACGAGUGUCUAAAGGAGACCCCUCCGACGGUUCCCAUCUGGACAUCCCGGGUGAAAGGGAGUAUGACUUCUGUGAUCCUCUUUCCAGGGUGCCCAGGGAGGGCUGCUUCAUCAUUGAACACAAAGGAGAUAACUUCAUCAUGCACAGCAACACCAACGUGCUCGAGUCCCACUUCCCCAUGACACCAGAGUGGGAUGUGUCCGGUGAAUUGGCCAAAAGGAGAACUGAGAUGCCUUUUCCUGAACCUUCUAGGGGAAGCUCCCACUCAAAAGUGCACCGAAGCCACAGCCAUACCCAGGACCGGAGGUCCAGGAAUGAGAGAUCCAACAAAGCCAAGGAGAGAUCCAGGUCGAUGGAUAACUCCAAAGGCCCUCUGGGUGCUUCUUCUCUAGGGACGCCGGAAGACCUGGCUGAAGGCUGCAGCCAAGACGACCAGACCCCCAGCCAAUCCUACAUUGACGACAGUACUUUGAGGCCUGCACAGACUGUUGGUCACCAAAGGGCUCACAUUGCGUCCACAAGCUAUAAAGAAGUGUGUAUUCCAGAGAUAGUCAGUGGCAGCAAGGAACCCUCCAGCGCUUGUAGCCUUUUGGAGCCAGGCAAACCACCUGAGAGUUUGCCGUCCUAUGGCGAACUCAACUCUUGUCCAACAAAAACAGCCACAGAUGACUAUUUCCAGUGCAACACCUCUAGUGAGACAGUGCUCACGGCACCAUCACCUCUGGGAAAGAACAAGGAGGACCAUGACACUCUGACUUUGGCAGAGGGGGUGAAAAAGCUCUCCCCAUCUGAUAGGCAGGUCCCCCACUCCUCCAGGGAGCCUGUAGGACACAAGGAGGAGUCACCAAAAGGGCCGGGUGGGGGCCCAGCUGCUUCGGGAGGAGUGGCUGAAGGGAUCGCCAACGGACGCCUCGUCCAGCACCAUGGUGCCGAGCCCAGCAGCUUGGACAAGAGGAAAGAGAUAUUUAGCAAAGACACCCUGUUCAAACCUCUUCACAGCACCUUGUCUGUAAACAGCUAUCACAAAUCCAGCCUGUCCCUCCUCAAAUCUCACCCGAAGACACCUGCUGACACAUUGCCAGGCCGAUGUGAGAAACUGGAACCAUCCUUGGGGACCUCGGCGGCACAAGCCACGCCUGCUUCCCAACGUCAGCAGGAGUCAGGAGGGAACCAGGAAACCUCUUUUGACUAUUACAACGUCUCUGAUGAUGAUGACUCUGAGGAAGGGGCAAACAAGAACACGGAGGAGGAGAAAAAUAGAGAGGACGUAGGCACCAUGCAGUGGCUCCUCGAGAGGGAGAAGGAAAGGGACUUGCAGAGGAAAUUUGAAAAGAACCUCACCCUUCUCGCCCCAAAAGAAACCGACAGCAGCAGCAACCAGAGAGCCACCCAUUCAGCCCGGCUCGACAGCAUGGACAGCAGCAGCAUCACAGUGGACAGUGGAUUCAACUCCCCACGUACUCGGGAGAGCCUGGCUUCCAACACAUCAAGCAUUGUUGAAAGUAACCGUCGUCAGAACCCUGCUUUGAGCCCGGCGCAUGGUGGAGCUGGUCCAGCCUUCAACUUCCGAGCGAGCGCGGACCCGCCGACAAAUGAAGCUGAGAAGCUACAGAAACCUUCCAACUGCUUGCAAGCUUCUGUUACUAGUGUGUGAUAGUCCUUCUGCCUCAGAUCUUCUGUCUCAUUCGAUACAGCAAAGUUUACGACACUGGGACUGAUGUUUACAUCUUUGGAAAGACAAGCAUCUCAACCACAGUUUUUGUAUUUACUUAAACUGUGCUGCUAAGUAGGGCUAGGGCAAAAAAACAAAAAAAAAUCUUUAUUUCAGAGUAUUGCUUUUCACAUUUAUGGCUCUGUAGCAACUGAAUAACAGUAGGGGUGAUAUGUAUACUUUUGCUUCACUAAUUGUAUCUGAGCACACAUAGGAAAGUCUAGACACUGUAAGUGUAAUAUGCAUUUUCAAUGUCAUGCAGUUGCCAAUUCCAUUUUAAAAUGCCACAGAUGCGUGUUGCUCCCAGUCUGUGGUUAAACGGUGCCACAGAACUGAUCCUUGACACUUCCAAAAAAAACAAAAAAACAAAAAACAAAAAAACAAAAAAAACAAAAAAACUAAGUCACCACGAAAUGUCAAAUGCAAGGGUCCACCCUGAGGGAAAUAGAUGCCAAACUAACUAGAAGGGACCCUGGCCCUUUGUGUGUGAAUUGUUUAUGCACCAGUCAUUUUUCACUGUGAGUUUUCGUGACACUCUUUUGCAGGAGCCCGUGGAAGUGUGUGAGAAGGGGUCGCAAUGAAAAUCGCUGGGAGUGAAUGUUUUCAGGAUUUUGUUUUCCAGUGUAACAGAUGCUUGUCUGAUUUUUUAACCUUCCAUGAUCACAAACAGGAAUAUAGGCCUUUGAAUCUGAAGUGGACAAAGGAAAGGAAUUUCCAAUCUGGCUGGGGCACAGCACUAGGUGAUGGGAGAGGUGAUGUGGACUUGUAAAAGGUAUUACUCAAAUAUUGAAGGAAGAGAAUUUCCUCCUCGUGAUACUUAGGAUGACCCUAUCUUACUCAAAUAGAUACAAUAAUUAGUUUGUUUAAAAGCAAAAUGUUCUUUGUGAUACAAAUGAAGAGUAUGGCCUGAGGAUGUUAUUCUUUCUAAUGGAAGGACAUAAAUCUAUUUUAUGUAGUUUUAGAUAGAAUGCCUAAAUUAGGCUGUGGGAGAUAAUUUUUAGUGGUUAUAGGAAAGAGCAAAUUUAGGGAGAGUUGAACUUCAGGCCUUUUAUUCCUGGGAAGAUAUCUAUAGAGAAAACUUUUAAAAUAAUUUUUGAUUAGAAAUAUACAUGUGCCCAUGUGAUAAACAACAGAAUGUGCUCAUUCUGCUAGUGUGGUAUAAUCCUAAUUUGUACUCCCCUAAAAUUUAUCAGAAUAACAAUUAUGCAUACAUGAACUAUGCCAGAGUAAUGUUUACAGAUACUUUGUAACCAAUUUCAGGAGGCGUUUUUAGGUGGAUGUGUAGUUAAUUAGCCCAACUUAUUUCAAAAUGGUUUGUUAACAUUUUGCUUUGGUUUCCAAUGUCAUGUUGAACACAAAGAAGACCCAGCAGCAAAGGGAUGACCAAUAAUUUCAUCUUAUAGCAAAGAGACAUUCCAACGUUCCCAUGUUUUAUUUUCUGAGAACAGUGGAACAGAUCUGUAGUAGUGGAAUAUUCUUUGCAAAAGGGUUACAUAGGACACAAGUAAGUGUUCUGACAUAAAGUUUUAUUUAGUUCAGUGGCAUGUGCUGCUGGGAGCCAUACACCAUAAAAUAUAUAUAUAUAUCCCAAAAUAAAUCUAGAAUGUUUUCACCUCCGAUUUCAGUAAUUGGCAUAUGAUUUGUGAGACACAUCUGGUUUUGUAUUAGGUUGAAUCACUAGCCAUCUGUUUAAAGAAUCCAGUCCUGUACACAGUUGGACUCAUUCUUGAAACCUUCAAAUGCUCCCUCCUAGUUUUUCAGUUAUUUGGAAGUUGCAUUGGGUCAAACUGAACUCCUUGAGUUUGGUAUAAAUUCCUUUUUUGUGCUUACUAUAGUGAAACUUCAGCACGUUUCUUAGUAAACUCCCAUACCAUUGAAAUGCUUAAGCCAGUUGGCUUUCAGUCUCAUGCCUUAUUUCCUCCAAGGCAUGCCUCGAUGCAUUGUUUGUCUUAUUGCUUAAAUAUGUCCAGAAGGAAUGAUCAUGUAUCUAAUAGACUACAUAGUCGGUUCCCUUGGGGAGUUAUAUAUCAUACGGUUACUAAAUUUUUGUCUAAAUUCAUUUUUUCCAAAAAACCUGCUCUCAAAUUUUUCUUCUACUCUCAGUUCAUAAAUAAUAUAACCAUUGAAACAACACAUCAGCCUCUAGCUGAUCCUCUGAAAGUAGCCAUUGAAAUAAUCGAAUGCUGUGUGAACAGGAAAGGAAAGCAUUACCUUUAAGAGAAGCUUUAACAUAGGAAUUUAUUGAUAUUUCAUGGGAUAUAGGUUUACAGAAGACAUUAUUCAAAUAAAUAUGUACACUAUGUGCCUGAUGCUAUGGGGUACAUAAUUUUUUAAAAACUCCCUUAGACCAGCAGCCAUUAGUGUAGAAAUGAUGGACUUUAAAGGUGAUACCAUGUAAGCAGAUGUUGCAUAUAAAAAUAUUCUUGCCUGAAUCUGAUUGAGAUUCUUGAACAGGGGAGGAGUGGCUGCCGGCAGCACAUUGCAAAUGUCAUCCGAGGUCACGGUGAGGCUCUCGGUCCCAGAAGAGUGGGGUCCUCGCCAGGCGUUGCCAGUAUCCUUUUCCUCCUGUAAAAUCAUAGCUUUGUGUUACACGACUGCUUAUCCAGUCUUAGGGUUUAGCAACUGAAAGGUUUACAAAACCGAAUCUGGUUGAAUCUCUGUGAAAGGGUCAACACAUCUGUCGGCAUUUUGCACACUUAUGUAUUAUUAUGAUACAACAUAUUACUUUAUGGUAAUUUUUAUUUUUACAUAUAACUACCUCCAUAAAUUUGAUGAAAUGGCAGCCGUGUGUUAAAGUGUAUCGUUCAGAAGCGCAAAGUUGAACACUUCCUUCAACAUUAGGGCAUGGCGUGCUGUGUGUGUCAGUGAUUGCCUCUGUGGACUCAUGACUUUCCAUCGCCAUGGCUUUCUCUUACGCCCUUGUUUGGCUUUCAGAUGUAAUCCUGUCUUCUCCUCUCUUCCCCACGAAAGCGCAGUCGAUUUUGUUAGGAAUGAACAGAAGUUUAAAAAUUCUUUUGCCCACCCCCGCCCCCCCACCCAUUCCUGUUAAAAGUUCUCUGGCGAAGAGCCAAUGGGUGAACGUAAUUGAGAGAGCUAUUUACUCCUUUGGAAAUCUGAUUUGAAGUCUCUAAGUUUUCAGUAACAGAAGACACACAAGCAAUGUGGACUGCCAAGCUUGAAGCACUUCGGGCUCUGCCUUCACUCGCAUGCUACCAUGUCGAGCCCAAACUCCACUUUAAUUAAAAGAGCUGUGCUGUGAAUUCCACAACUUCUGUUAAAUAAUUUGUAUUCCAUUAUAUAUAUUUUGCACAUCUCAGGGGACCAUAAUAAACAUAUGAACGGGGGGGUGCCAUCAAAUAGAGAAAACAAAUAGAAGAGGCGAAUGGAGACUAGCUGGAUAAAAAUAACAAGUUACUGCUUCUCUGAUGUUGUGAAGGUCGGGUUCAGGAAGCGUCAAUUCACAGUUAAUCUGGAAUAACAAUGAUCUGAACACCAGCUGUUCCCAGGUCCCUCUUUUUCAUAGCCCAACCAGCAUUUCUAAAAUGUAAAUUUAAAUUACAUUGCAGUCACCAUGGGGAGAAGAAACCUGUUCAGUGGAAGCAGAAGCAUUGUUCCUUUUUUAGGUUGGCGCAGCUUUGCAAAAUUCUACCCAGGAUAAACCACUUAUCACCACCAAGUGUACUUGAAAAUAAAGUUUUUAACUUAAAUUACAAGCAUAUUGCUCACGAUACAAUAGUGAUCAUUUUUUGAAAGUCUAGCCAUUUAUAACAUGGGCAGUAUUUGGAGCUUGAUUUAAAAACCAACAACAUAAUGACUUUUCACGAUUCACUUUGGGAUCUCAAAGUGCUUCCAAAGCAUUCAGAUUCACAAACAAUUCACAAGACAGGUCAUCUUUGUAAUACCCAUACUUGAAAUGAAUAAAACAAAAGGAGUGACUUAAGAUUCCCCAGAAACACAGUGGCAGCUAUCAAUGAUCUGUUUUCUAUCUGUUUGAUAGACCAUCAUGAGAAAUCACUAAAUACAUUGCUAUUUUUCUGAUGUGUGCUAAUAAAGUCAAAGAAAACAAAUACAACUUGACACUUUUGUCCAUUUUCAUUCAAAAAAAAAAAGUUCAGGGUGUUUGGAAUUUUACACCUCAGCACACGUUUCUGGUAUCGAUGGAUGAAGCCGGUGAUUGACAGAUCCACCCAAAUGCCAUUGCAGUCAGAAGCAGAUCUGGACACACACCCUUGUUUACAGUUUCAUACUGGGUUUCUAUAGUUCCCGUGCUAAAUCAUUCAGGAACACGACUGCUCCUGGCAGUGGAAGGUGCUGAAACAGAAAUUUUAAUUAAAAACUUUAUCAAGUACUCUUCACAGUGCUCCUUAGCACCAUAGAAAUUCAGUACAGUAUAUCGAGCCCUACUUUGGAGGAGCUGGAUUUCUGAGGGAGCUUUUCCAGUUCUAAGUGUUUUCUCAAAUUAGGAGAUAGAUGAUCUUUGACAGGGAUCUCCUCCAUCACCACAGGCCAGUCACAACUAGCCACGUGCUGCCAGACCUCAGUGGCCCAAGCAGGAGCGAUCUCUUCUUUCCCCGGUCUCCCCCAGGACCGUCCUGCCCAUUGUCAACAUCAUCCAGGGCUCUUCUGGUAGUGAUUGACAUUUCUACACAUGUUUAGGGCUUGGGGGAGCUAGAACACAGGAAACAUGAAAUGCAAAAGGCACGGAAAACACUGUUUUGCUUUGGGUUAGUAAAAUGUGGGCAGGAAAGAGAUUACUAUCAGUCUGAGCUUUGCCAAGUGAGAUAAAAGAAUCAGCUGUCGCCCCAUUCCUCUCCCAGAAGAUCUUAUGGUAUUAAGGAUCCAUCCAAUAUUCUCCCACAGAUUUUUAUUCAGGAGAUGUUUCAUAAAUUACAUAUAUGAAAACAUUCAUUAUUACAUCCCCGUUGUGUGUUUCACACAGACAUUGGCACCUUCCUAUUGAGUUAAUACUCUGCGUCUUUUGCAGCAGCAGCCCACAAGGAGAUUCCCAGUGAUGGCUCCCCUAACACACAAUCCUGUGAUUUUACAGUUCUAUGACUUACAGUUGAUGAUUCACAAGAUUCAGAAUUCUACAAGACUCAAGGGGCACUAAACUUUCCUACGAUUGUACAUGAUCGGUUAUAGGGCUGUAAUCAUUAAUUGUUGGCUUCAAAUGUGGACACACACACACACACACACACACACACACACCAUGCCAAGGAGGAAAGGGGGUGUUUCAAGUCAGGCAGCGAUGAUUCUGGAAGGCUGGAAAUGUAAGGUUAGAAGCUUGACUGGUCCAUGUACAGUUGCCUGCCCCCCUGUCCCAAGGCUGAUCUUAGUGAACCUGUUCCCUUGCUCCCACCAAGAAGAAGUACCAAAUGUGAGACCUGAGAUCUCCUCCAAUAUCUGUCCUCUGAAGUUCCAGGAAACUAAUCAUGAAGUACACACGCAGCAGCUCCUCCGCUUCCUUUCCUCCGAGGUCCUCCUUUCCAUUCUGACACGCCGUCACGGUUUCCACAUUGGAAGGGCAGAGCACUGUGCAGUAUGGUGCACACUUGCUGGGUGAGGAAUAGAGCUGCCCCAGGGUCACCUUCAUGCAAGUAUUGACAGCUACAAAUUAAAGUCCUUAGAGCAGUUGACACAGAUACUACGUUCUAGAAGAGAAUUAAAUUUAAACAUCAAGUUUAAAGGGAUCAUAAUUCUGCAGGUAUCUUUCUCUGAGUGACUGAAUGUGACUAUUGCAUUAGGGUAAAUGAAUUAAGACGUGCAAGUGGGAUUUACUGUAUGUUAGAAAGGAGUUUUGCAGCCAAGACUGCCUUGAAUAAAAUGUGUUUGCACUGAAAAAAAAAUUUUAAAUUACUUGGUCUCUGGUUGCUGUAAAGGUCAUCCAAGAUGGAUGUUCUGUUUAUAUUGUAUAGUAUUUCAUAUGAAAUAAUUACAGUUCAUGAAAUGUCUUCCCUGAUGUUACUGAUUUAUAACAGCACAUUUGUAACAUGGUUUUUAUCGUGUCCGUGUACCAUACUGUAAAUGAUGAUUACUUGUCAUGCUUAGUAUAAUAACUUAAAAGAAAAAAAAGGACAGGGAUUUUUGUAAGUCUAUAUUUGAAAGUCCCUCCCUAUGGUGAUACUGUGUUCAUGUUGUUUAUGUAGUGUUGUGUGAAAUAUCCAUUUUGGAUUGUGUUACUUUUUAAGAUAUUAAAUAACAUUUGGUUAUA